CCGUUUGUUUGUAAACAGAAAUUUAAUUUUGCAAAGAACACAGUUUUAUGGUGUUAGUCCAAGUUUAUAGUACAUACAGAAAAUAUUUAGCAUUUAAAUCACAAUGCAUAUGAUUUUUAAUGAUCAAAUACAGGCUAUAAUUCUUAGACAUUACGUUUUGCUUUCACUUUCACUUCCAAGGCGUGUCAGAAUGGAAAACCACAGCUCUGCCACCGAGUUUAUGUUAAAACAGCAAGUUUAAAUUUUAUUAAAAAUUUUAGAACAAUGAAUGAUAACUAAAGAUGUUUAAAAGAAAGAAUCCAACAGAAUCAGAUGAACCAGCAGAAAAGAGAAGUAGACUAUCUGAUGAAGCAGUAACUGAAGAUGAUGGAGAGAUUGACAUUACUGAAGAGAACACCAGUCUACAGGAUACAUCUACUAACCAAUCACCCAGCAGUUCUUCUUUUAAAAGUAUCCUGGGAAAAUUUAUUCCAAAUUUAUCUUGGAGAAAAACUGGAGAUAGUCCAAUUGUGACUGAAAAGGGAGACAACUCCAUUGAAGAUGAAAGUUCAAGUGGUUCAAGAUCUAACAGAAACAGUUUAUCUCCAAGAAAAGCAAGUUCUGCUUUUACAAAUUGUAAAGGUACUGUUGCACUAGAAGGUAAAAUCAAACUGAAGAAUAAAUGGAUAGAUGAUCUUCUAGAUCCUUCAACAGAGGAGUACCAAACCUUGUCACAAAACUUCGUCAAAGAGAUUGAUGAACUGCUGCACAACAGUAAUGUAUCUAAAGUUUAUAUGAAUGUAGUUGUUAUUAAAUACAGCAACAUACAGAACACUACAAGAUCUACAAGAAAAAGUCCAGGGAAUAUAAUGGUUCAUUCAGAGAUGACAUUCCACCAUACAUAUACAAAACUAUUUAAAGAUCUCAGUGAGCUGUGUGAUAAUGUAGAAGAUUUCAUCAUACUGCAGUCCUCACUUGGGGAAACAGCAGACACUUCCUUACAGAUAGAUGAUGGAGCAGAUUCUGUCAAUAUAAACCAGAAAGAAGAGAAAACUAUAGAGGCAGCAGAAGAGGAAGAUAUGUCACAGAAUGGCCAUACAGAAGUUGCAGCAGAUGAAGAAGUAACUGAGGAGAAGUUUGUUGAUGCAGAGCAGAUUGUAUCAAAUAAUGCUGAUGAAAUGAGAACAGAGGACAGUAAUGAUGUAACUGAAGAACAGAUGUUAGAUGUUCAGCAAGAGACAGAAACUAACAGUAAACAAGUCAAAACAUCAAGUGGAGUAGAAAAUAAAGUUGAUGGAAGAGAAAUUUCUAUAACAGAAAGUAUGGAUGCCAGUGGUGCUUCUGCAGAAGGAGAGGAGAUUAUUAUUGGCAAGGCAAAGAUACCAGAUGUUGUCAGUGAGGAGACAGACUCCAAAGUUAGUAAAGCUGAAGCAAUGGAGAAGACACCUGUAGUUAAGAAAAAUAAAAGAACACCAGAAAAGAAAGACAAGCCAAAGAGUAAAAUAGACAAGACCAAACAGGAAUCUUCUAGAGAAGACCAACCAUCAGGCAGUGGUUUGCAGUCUAAAAGUCCAAAGGAAACAAAAACACCAGAACAGAAAGAUGAUGGAGAGUUCGACAAUGAUAGUGUUCCAUCUGAUCCAAGUGUACCACAAUCUGUAGCUACCACAUCAAAUAGUAUUACAUUGAAAUGGAACCGUCCAAAACGAGGUGUCAAGUCUGUAGAUCAUUAUGAAAUAAAAUAUAAGGAAUGUAAGAAGGGGAAAGGAAAGUGGAUAUCUGUUUUGUCAGAGGGAGCAGAAAGAACUGUUAAAGUGAAGGACUUGAAAGCUGAGACGAAAUAUGAAUUUAAAGUUCGUGCUGUGAAUGAAGAUGGGGAAGAGGGACCAUUUUGUCUUCCGAUCAAAUUGUCAACAGUAUCCUCCUUGGCAAGAUCUCUCAUUCCACUGGCUAAAAAGACAGGAAAAGGUCAUCCAGUUGUUUACAAGCUGCCAUUAAUUAAAAAUGUUGACACAGUCAAUGAACAGGCUAAAACAAGAAAAUGUGUAUUUGGAUCAGCUUCAGAAAAUGUGCCUGGUAGAGAGAAGACUAUUAUGGUAAUAGGGGCCACAGGAUCAGGGAAGACGACUCUUGUCGAUGGAAUGAUAAAUUACAUCACUGAUGUAUCAUGGGAGGAUGAGUUCAGAUUCUCUAUGGUAGAUCUUACAGAUGAUGAGAAGAAAAGAAAAGCUAGUGAAGCUGAAUCUCAAACAGAAUGGAUCACAUGUUAUACAAUUAACAAGAUGGAAGGCAGUACCAUAGAUUAUACCCUAAACAUCAUUGACACUCCUGGAUUUGGUGAUACUAGGGGUAUAGUACGUGACAAGAGAAUAGUUGAUCAGAUCAGAGAAUUUUUCACCACACCUGGACGUCAAGGGAUUACAUGUCUAGAUGCAGUGUGUUUUGUUACACAAGCUCCUCUUGGUAAACUAACUCCACCACAGAGGUACAUAUUUGAUCAGAUCUUAUCUGUCUUCGGUCAGGAUAUUAAGUCUAACAUUUUUAUUCUGAUAACGUUUGCAGAUGCCAAUGAACCACCAGUUAGGGCAGCUUUGAAGGCGGCUGAUGUGCCGUAUCAAAAAUCCUAUAAGUUUAAUAAUUCAGCAUUAUAUGCAUCACCUGAAAACCCAGCUGAAGCAGAGAUGGGAAACUUAUUCUGGAAAAUGGGACGAGAAAACUUCAAGAUUUUCUUUGAUGAGUUGAGAACAGUGGAAUCUAAAAGUUUAUUGCUCACAUCAGAAGUGUUACAGCUAAGAAAGAGACUUGAGACUACUAUUCAAGGGUUGCAGCAGCAGAUUGCUGAUGGUAUGAAUAAACUCAAUACUAUAAAACAGGAAAAAGAAAUUCUAAAGAGGCAUAAGGAGGAUAUAAAGGCAAAGAAAGAUUUUACGUAUGAAGUGGACGAGGUUCAUAUGUACCAGAUUGACCUUGACCCUGGAGUUUAUGUCACUAACUGUAUGGCAUGUAACAGAACAUGUCAUUUCCCAUGUGGCAUUCCUGAUGACAAAAACAAACAAAACUGUGCUGCAAUUGACGAUCAAAAGUGUACCAUAUGUCCAAUGCACUGUCACUGGACUAUUCACAAAAAUAAUCCCUUCAGAUUUGACACUUAUACAAUGAAAGUCAUUAAGACUUAUGAUGAACUAAAAAAAAAGUAUGAAGUUGCUCAGAAAGAAGCACAAAAACAUAAAUGUGUUCUUGGGAAGGUGAAAACAGCUUUUACAACUCUUGGCCAAGAUGUAAUGAAAAUGGUCCAUGAGGUCAGGUGCUACAUUAAUAAGUUAAAUGACAUUGCUCUAAGACCAAACCCACUCAGUGACAAAGAUUAUAUUGAUCUUCUGAUUGAAAGUGAGAAAAGUGAGAAGAAAUAUGGAUGGGAUAAAAGAAUAAAUUUGUACUACAAACUGAGAGAAGAAGCAGAGUUAUUGGAGCAGAUGAACCAACAGAACUACCAACCAUGGACAUACAUAGACAGUGAUGAGAGUGAAGAGGAUGAUGAAAAGACAGAUGAUUCACAAGACAAUACUGAUGAUGAAGAGAAGACAGAUGAUUCACAAGACAAUGCUGAUGGUUCUACAGCUGAUGAUGAAGAUUACAAACCAAAGGACUUGCCUCUCUAUCAAGAACCAGAUAUGGAUAUGGAAUAAGUUGUUAAAACUGCCCAUGUUUUAUCUUCAAUGUAUAAUGAGAAACUAUUUAAAGGCAGCUGCAUUAAUCAUUUUAUGAACUGCUUUAGUUACAACAAGCUGUAAUUGUCUAUUAGAAGAUUAUUGGUCAUUCAUUUUGAUCUAUCAUAUAAUCAAGAGUAUAUCUUUUAUUAAAAGAUACCUAUGAGUAUUAUUAACUAUUAUCAUUUUAUCAUUAGUUUUUACUAGUGUAUUAUUUUUGAAAUUAUAGGUUAGUGCACUACCUAUUUUUUUGUCAGUCAAGAUAUUAAGACAGAGGUACACAAACCAAUGAUUGAUUAGAUACCAGUUAAAUUGAAUGUCUCUAUAAAAAAUUAUAAAAAUUGACAACCGUUUAAUUUUGGUGGUUGGGGGAUUAGAAUUUAUGCAAAUUUUUAUGUGGGAAUCUGCACUUUUAAAUUUUAUGAAGUCAAAAAAAUCUAAAUUGCAAAAACCUUGUGUACUGCAUGAGAUGAAAAUCGUUAUCUCAAUUUUUUGCCCUCUGACCUUGUUUUUUGUAUAUAAAUAUUUACUAUAAUAAGUAACCUAUGCAUACAGAUGAAAGAUAAUAGGGAAUUUUUGUUAUGUCCUAAGAUUUCAAAGUUAAUUAAAGUUGUAAGCAGACAUUCAUGUUAAAAAUAUCUGAAAAACAAUAGUUUAUUAUGACCUAUAUUAUAUAAAAAUCAUAUGUUAAGUAUCUCUUAAAUUAAAAACAGUAAUGUUUGUUUCAUACAAAAAUCUACAUCACUAGUUGAUAAUGCAGGAUUGUAAUGUUUGUUUCAUACAGAAAUCUACAUCACUAGUUGAUAAUGCAGAAUUGUAAUGUUUUGAUUGUUUCUUGACAUAUGAUUUUUGUAGAUCAAAAACCAUUUGUUUUUAAGAAUCUGAAGUCAAAGAAAAGACAGAUUAGUAAUUAUUAUUAGUUGUUUUGUACUAUUUUGCUGAUUUUGUAGUUUUUAAUUCAGUUUAAAGUUAAUUUUGAUAGGACAUAUUGAUGGAGUACCAUAAAUAUUGGGGUUUUCAUUUUUAUUUUUAUUCAUUUAAUUUUCUAUGAGCACAGAGCAUGAAUAACGAUAAUUAUAGUGUAAAUAUAUGAUUCAAAAUGAAUAGUGCAGUUUCAAACUUUGUUUGUUUUAAUAAAUAUUUUGAUUGUU